CUAUUUCCUGCUCUGCUCCGGUCUGGUGACCUCUGGGUUAGUAGCGGCGGCGGCGAGUGCGUCGGCGCCCGAGCCCGCCUUGCGGUGGGUGACGGGCUCCCAGCGCCUGUGGUCGCGCCGCCGGCCUCGAGAUUUUAUUUAUUCAUGAAAGAGAGAGAGACCGAGACACCAGCAGAGAGAGAAGCAGGCCUAAUGCAGGGAGCCCGAUGUGGGACUCCAUCCCAGGUCUCCACUGGUCUCCAGGAUCACGCCCCGGGCCGAAGGCAGGUGCUGAAUCACUGAGCCACUCAGGGACCCCCAAAUCAAUUCUUAAUAGCAUUUCACUAAACAAAAAUCCAUACCUUAAAAAAAAAAAAAAAAAAAACUUUGUUCUAGAGAACUUAAGCAUGAACCAUUUCCACAAAGAAUGGCUCAGUUUGUGCUCUACCACUUUCAAUCCAUCUUGAGACAACAUUCAUUAAGAGAAAUGUCUUCUAUAAAAAGCCCAAAGCAAGAAAUAAUUUCCCAGUUUCACUAUUCAGCUGCUGAAGGAGACAUUGCCAGGUUAACUGUAAUCCUCAGUCAUUCUCCAUCUCUUCUCAAUGAAACUUCUGAAAAUGGCUGGACUGCUUUAAUGUAUGCUGCAAGGAAUGGGCACCCAGAUGUUGUCCAAUUUCUACUUGACAAAGGGUGUGACAGAUCCAUUGUCAAUAAAUCAAGGCAGACUGCACUGGAUAUUGCUAAAUUUUGGGGUUAUAAGCAUAUAGCUAACUUACUAGCUAAUGCUAAAAGUGGGAUGAAGCCUUGGUUCCUAAGUAAUGAAGUGGAAGAAUGUGAAAAUUAUUUUAGCAGGACACUCUUAGACCGAAAAAGUGAAAAAAGAAAUAAUUCUGACUGGCUACUAGCUAAAGAAAGCCAUCCAGCCACAGUUUAUAUCCUCUUCUCAGAUUUAAAUCCCUUGGUUACUCUAGGUGGCAAUAAAGAAACUUUCCAACAGCCAGAAGUCCGGCUUUGUCAGCUGAACUACACAGAUGUAAAAGAUUAUUUGUCUCAGCCUGAAAAGAUCACCUUGAUUUUCCUUGGAGUAGAACUUGAAAUGAAAAAAGAGUCAUUUAAUUAUGCUGGAGAAGUCCCAAGAGAAGAAGAUGGGUUGGUUGCCUGGUUUGCUCUAGGUGUAGAUUCUGUUGCUGCUGAAGAAUUUAAGCAAAGACAUGAAAAUUGUUAUUUUCUUCAUCCUCCAAUGCCGGCUCUUCUGCAAUUGAAAGAAAAAGAAGCUGGGGUUGUAGCUCAAGCAAGAUCAGUUCUUGCCUGGCACAGUCGAUAUAAGUUCUGCCCAACCUGUGGAAGUGCAACUAAAAUUGAAGAAGGUGGCUACAAAAGAGUAUGCUUAAAAGAAGACUGCCCUAGCCUCCAUGGUGUUCACAAUACAUCAUAUCCAAGAGUUGAUCCAGUAGUAAUCAUGCAAGUUAUUCAUCCAGAUGGGACCAAGUGUCUUUUAGGCAGGCAGAAAAGAUUUCCCCCAGGCAUGUUUACUUGCCUUGCUGGAUUUAUUGAACCUGGGGAGACAAUAGAAGAUGCUGUUCGGAGAGAAGUAGAAGAGGAAAGUGGAGUCAAAGUUGGCCAUGUUCAGUAUGUCUCUUGUCAGCCAUGGCCAAUGCCCUCCUCCUUAAUGAUUGGUUGCUUAGCUGUGGCAGUGUCUACAGAAAUUAAAGUUGACAAGAAUGAAAUAGAGGAUGCCCGCUGGUUCACUAGAGAACAGGUUGUGGAUGUUCUGACCAAAGGGAAGCAGCAGGCAUUCUUUGUGCCACCGAGCCGAGCUAUUGCCCAUCAGUUACUCAAACACUGGAUUGGAAUGAACCCCAAUCUCUAAAUCAAAUAACUAGACUCUGAGUAUUACUUGAUUCCUAAUAACUUAUUCCUCAAGUGAGAUUAAAAAUAUUUAGUGCUUUGGAAUGUCACAACACAAAAUAUCAUUUUAGGUUCAGAAAUAUUUUCGACAGGUACUUUCCAUCUUAACCAUAGAAUUUGUGUUUUUAUAAAUUACAGCACUGCCUCAGAUUUUGUUAAAUCCAAGUCUGCCUUCUCCAAACUUUUUUUUUGGUUGUGCUCUGCAAUUCUAUAUCACAAAACCAUAUUUCUAAUAAGAAAAAUCAUACUGUAAAACAUAUGUUCUGAAAAUGUAAACAAAAAUAUGUAAACCUGAAUUCCCCUCUUGUAAGCAUUAGACGAAUCACUAAAGUUCUCAUUUUAAAAGUUCAGACAAAAUUAUUUCAAUGAAUUUAAGCUUUAUUUCCAGUCUUUUCCCUACCCUAAAGGUUCUUUCAGGGGUCAGUGGCUGAUUUUUGCUCAUUUCCCAUCGUAUUCCACUGGCUUCCUUGUUCCAGCAGUGGUGCUGUUACAGUGUUGCCACAUCUAUUUUGAUCGGUGUUAAGAAUUUUCUAUGUUAAUAACUCUGCCAGUGGUCAGAAUACCAUGCCUUCAUGAAAGAGAGUUUAAGUGAGAGCAUACCACUAUGUAGGGAACCUCUUCCUUAAACCUAAAAUCAACUAAUAUGUAUAAUUAUCUGUUAUGCUCGAGAUUGCUGUUGAGACAAAUCAAAAUUCUCUUCUUCACUGAAAUUAAAUAUAUUUGAAAGGAAUUCUCCUCAAAGGUCAGAUGUUAAAUAUUUCCCAGAUUUACAUAUUCAGUAAAAACACUGGCUUUAUGUCAUUUUGUGAUAAGGGCUAUAUAUAUCUAUCUUAGCAAAAAGUUAUGUAAUCAUUACUAACAAUGUUUAUUAAACCCCAAUGCAACAUUUUGGUUUUUGGCCUUAGCUCAACCAUUCUAAGAAGCUUUAUAAAAAUAAGUGUAUCUUAGAACUGAAUCAGCAAGAUUCAGAGAAAAGUGAAGUGUAGUAAUUCACAAUUUUACAACAUAGAACUGUCAUAUUUUAUAAGGCUAGUUUGAAAUUGUUUUAAAAGGUAGCCUAUAAAUGUAUAAAUUUAUAUAAUUUGGCUCUUAGUCAUUUUAUGUGAGAACUGGAAGAGACCUUAAGGAUAAUAUAUGUCGUUCAGUGACCUUCUUUUAUAGAUAAGGAAAACGAAAUCCUGAAAGGUAAAUUUAUUUAAUUUAAUCCAUUAAAGUUGAAUCAGUUAAUUAAUCAAAGUCACACAAUUACAACUUACCGUUCUUCACACAAUUAAUUGUAGUAACGGUCAAAUAACUUAAUGUUAACAGUCUGUACUACAUAGCCUAGUGCAGGAGUCUCCCUCUAAUAGGAAGUAGAAAUUAAUACUAAAAAAAUAGUAGAAUAAAUUAAAAUAGGGGAUAAUAAUAACAAAUUUACCAAAUAUUGUUAAUUAAAAUUUUAGAUACUAAAAUCAUUUAACUUAAAUGUGAUCAUUUUCUUAAAUAAAACUUUAUUUUACUAAUGAACAAUGAUUCUCAUCGUAAUUGAUGAAAGCUUAUUGGUAUUAUUAGGACUUUAGACAAAAUUGACUUGCACUGGACAUUUAGAUACAUAAUAAAAUUUGAACUACAUAAGUAUCUAGAAAAUUAGGUGCCUUGAUUAUUAUGAAGUGUGAUGAGGUUCAGUUUUAUUCCAAAUUCACUUAAAGAGUCUAAGAUUGUAUCAAAGUUCUAGGUUUCCAUGUUCAGAUAAUCCAGUAAAAUGUAAAAUAUCAACAAAAUGUAGUUCUAAAUUUAGUCUUGGAUAUUUAAUCCUAUACUCAGGGAAAAAUCAGUAAGUAAAUUAUUGUUAUUAAUAAUCAUUCUUAACAUUCCUAACCUCUGAGAGGUGAAUAAGCUACAUAUAAAUAAAAGGAAUAGUAAAGCAAUUUUAAUGGAUCGAGUACCAUGAAUGUAUUCUAAUGGAAAUGAAGGUAACAACACAUUAAAAUAUUUAUCUAUUUUCUGUUUUCUGUGUUCUGUAUUUUUUUAAUGUUUUGAUAAAUGUCUUCUGAAAAAUGAAAAAAAGCCAAAUUUUAGUCAUCCUCCUGUUUAAUGAUGUAUAAAUAAAAAACAUAAAAGCCC